ACUGCUCAUGUUGCUACAAAUUUAAUUACAUCAAUUCUUUUAGGUAAUGAUUGGAUUAAUUCGAAUCAUGUUCACCUUUAUGGCGACCAGAAAAAAUUAACUAUUCCUGAUCAAUAUGGUCAAUUAAUUUCAAUUCCAUACGUGGAACCCACAUCUAUUAAUUAUCCGGCAUUAUUAGUCCAACAACUUACUCUUCCACCAUAUUCACAACAAUUAGUUGAUAUUACAUGUCAAGUUACUAAUGCUAAUAAUCUUAUAUUUGAACCAUACGAACGUCAUAUAUCAAACUUUAUUUUUAUACCACAUACACUACUAAAUAUUAAUGGAAAUCACGCCAAAGUGUUACUUAUAAAUGCACAAAAUCGACAACAAACAUUAUCAAAAAAUACACGAAUCGGAACCAUCUCCCGUGAUGCAACAUAUACAAUAUAUGCAACUACACAAAUUCCAACAAAAAAUAAUUCUAUUUUAAACGAACGUCAUCAAACAUCAACUCGACAUUACAAUAAAUUAAAAUCCAGAGCUGUCUUACGUAAAAGGGACAACUCGAAUCAAGAAAAAUUAAACAUUAUCUGUCAUCAUUGCAACGAACAUUUUCUAUCUGGAAAUGAUCUACAAAAACAUCUACGAGCAGAAUGUUAUUCCGAACAGAUUCGAAAACAAAUAUUGGAAUCGACUAAACAUAUAGAAAAUCCAAAACAUCGAUUAGAAAUUCAAGAUAUUUUAUGGCGAAAUAAAAUAUUAUUUGAUCCUACACCAUCAAUUAUUAAUAUUCCUCCACAAUCAGCAAUUAAAACUAGUGAUCAUCCACCUAUUUAUUCAAAACAAUAUCCAGCAUCAUCUAAAGAUCAAGAAAUUAAAUUUCAAGAAACACAAAAAUUAUUAGAACGUGGUCAAAUUGAAGAAUCAACUUCACCAUGGUCAUCACCAAUCGUUCUUGUUAAGAAAAAAGACAAAACUAUGCGAUUCUGUAUCGACUAUCGCCGAUUAAAUGCUAUUACAAUUAAAGAUGCAUUUCCACUUCCUCGAAUCGAUGAAAUUUUUGAUCAAUUAUCCGACGCAACAUAUUAUACAAAAUUCGAUUUUAAAUCUGGUUAUUUCCAGGUACCUCUAUCUAAAGAGGACCGACCGAAAACGGCUUUCUCCACCCGAGACAAUCAUUAUCAAUUUACAGUUCUUCCUCAAGGAAUAACAAAUGGUCCAGCAACAUUUCAACGUGUUAUUAAUCAUAUAUUAGGUCCUACACGAUGGAAAUAUGCAUUAGCUUAUAUUGAUGAUGUAAUUAUAUAUUCAAAAACACUCGAAGAACAUUUAUCACAUCUCAAUGAAAUAUGUACAAUAUUAAAAAAUGCUCGAUUUCGUCUUAAUCCAGAAAAAUGUGAAAUUGCUCGAACACAAACUGAUUAUCUUGGACAUCGUAUAAAAAAUGGUGAAAUUCGUCCAAGUCCUACCAAUAUACAUGGUCUACUAAAUACAAGAUUACCACAAACGGCAGAUGAAGCUUGUAAAUUCGUUAAAGCUGCUGAAUAUUAUAGAAAAUUUAUACCAAAUUUUUCACAAAUCGCCGAACCACUUAGAAAAUUCGUACCAACUACUCGAACUCAACGAAAGAAAGGACAAAAAACUAUUAUUACGUUAACACAUGAAGAAAUUAAAGCCUUCGAACAACUUAAAAAUUUUCUUACAACUGAUCUGGUAUUACGACUUCCAAAUAAUAGAUUCCCUUUUAAAGUACAAACGGAUGCAUCUGAUGAGGGAAUCGGUGCAGUACUAUUACAAAUUUAUCCAGAAGGUGAUAGACCUAUUGCAUAUUUAUCAAAGAAAUUUACACAAGCACAACGUAAAUGGUCUCCUAUGGAACAAGAAUGUUAUGCAUUUAUAUGUGCAUUAGAUAAAUGGCACAAUUAUUUAAGUGGAAUUACAUUUAUUUGGGAAACUGAUCACAAAGCAUUAACACAAUUAAAUAAAAAAGCACAAAUUAAUAAACGAUGUGAAAGAUGGAGAUUAAAAAUCUUAGAAUAUGAUUUUAAGGUGAAAUACAUUCCUGGUUCAAUUAAUUUAAUGCCUGAUUAUUUAUCAAGAUCUCCGGUUGAAGAUGCUGAAGAAGAUCCUGAUGAAACUACGCAUCUUAUUUCAAAAUCAACGCAAACCGAUAUUUCAAAUGUUAAUAAUCAUUCAUCUAUUGUCGCAGCUGUUGAAACUCGUGCUAUGAAAUUACGAAACAAAACUUUAAAUGACAUUUCAAAUACAAAAUUACCAUCAGAUUCUCUGAAUACUUCUAUUGAAGAGAAUCGCACAACUCCAUUUUCUAUUGAAGAAUUAAUUCAAGCUCAACAAAAUGAUGAUUACUCAAAAAAUAUUCUAAACAACAUCAAGAAAUAUAAAAAUUAUAUGAUUAAAGAUAAUCUAUUAAUGCGUCGACUGAAUCCUCCAGUUCCUUACGUACCACAAGGUGAUUUCCGAAAAACAAUUUUACAACUUUAUCAUGAUACUGCAGCAAAUGGUGCUCAUUUCGGAAGAGAUAAAACAAUACAUAAAAUUAAACAACGUUAUUUUUGGCCAUCAAUGUACAAAGAUAUUAAUAAUUAUAUUAAAUCAUGUAUACCAUGUGCACAAUUCAAUCCUCGUCGACAAAAAAAUCCUGGUACCUUACGACCUAUCAAACCUCCAGAAGGAGUAUGGCAAUUAGUAUCAAUGGAUUUCCAUGGACCUAUUACUCCAACAUCUCAACGUGGAAACAAAUAUAUUAUAUGUCUCACCGAUGUUCUAUCAAAAUUCGUAAUUACCAAAGCUGUACGUGAUAAUACAGCUCAAACAGCUAUUAGAUUUCUUAAAGAAGACAUUAUUUCAAAAUUUGGAACUCCUCGAUGUAUUCUUACUGACAAUGGAACACAUUUUACUUCAACAUUGAUGAAUGAAUUGAUUAAACAAAUCGGAUCAACACAUUUAUAUUCAACACCAUAUCAUCCUCAAACAAACGGUCAAGUUGAAAGAUAUAAUUCAACUAUGGAUGCAAAAAUUGCAGCUUUAUCAAAUUUACGUAAAACCGAUUGGGAUGAUCAAUUAUCAUUUGUUACAUUUAAUUACAAUACUUCAAUUCAUUCCUCAACAAAACAAAUACCAUUCGAAAUGAUGUAUGGUCGAUCACCUGUUCUACCAUUCGAUCAUCAAGAUACAAAUGUUACUUUAUCAUAUGAUUCUGAACAUGUAAAAAAGCUUCAACAAUUUUUAUCGAAAUUAAAUGAACAAGCUAAACUCAAUAUCAUAAAAAAUCAACAACGAUAUAAACAACGAUACGAUAUAAAUCGUUCGAAUCCCUCAUACAAUAUUGGUGAUUUAGUUCUUGUGAAAACACUCAACAUCCGUUAUAAAUUUGAUAUUCGUUAUGAAGGACCAUUUAGGAUCAUUCGAACAAUUACACCCAAAACAUUUAUCGUUCAACACGUCAAAAAAUCAACAUUAUAUCGUCAAGUUACAACCGACGUGUUGUUACCAAUAUUUGAACGAAUUUAUUAA